AUGAUACGUGCGGCUGACGGCAAUCCUCAAGAAAUUAGUGUUGGAAGAUGGAGUGAUGAGGAUCUUGAAAAACUCCUUCAACUUGUCGAUGAACACUCUCAUAAUGGUACAAUUGACUGGGACGGCGUUGCUGCUAAAUUCAGUAGUCGAACAAAAGAACAGUGCAGGAAUGAAUACCGGUACCACCAAACACAUUGUAAAGAAAUACCACAAUUCAGCCAAGAAGAGGAUGAGAAAUUGGUCCGACUUGCACAUAAGUACCAAGAGCGUUGGGAUCUCAUUGCCAAAGAGCUACCCGGACGCAAUGUUGAUGAAUGCAGGAUACGCUGGAACAAAUAUACGAAAUGGAAACAGGAUGAAAAUAGGCGAAGU